UCUGCUGCCAAACAGACCUUUGCUCCCGUGUCACACACUCACACUUGCUAGUUACUAUACAGUUCUUCCUGCUAAUUUAAAUCCACACCAACUCAGAAAAAGGAACUUCAGAAAAAAAAAAAAAAAAAAAAUGGAAGCUACACCACCGCCGAGCGAACCGAGGAAGCGCGGGAGGCCGAAAGGGUCGACCAAGGCGAAAGCUGACAAGGAGAGAGAGUCCGGCGGAGGAGCGCCGUCGAGAAUGAAAGGUCCUGGCGGCGACAAGAAGAACACCGCCGCCGACGAGAGCUACGCGCAUUGGAAACUGCUGGUGCCCGUCCUUUACGACUGGCUCGCCUCUCAUAACCUAGUUUGGCCUUCCCUCUCUUGCCGUUGGGGUCCAGUUCUUGAGAGUGGGACUUACAAGAACAAGCAGCGUCUAUACCUUUCUGAACAGACUGACCACACCCAGCCGAACACUCUAAUCAUAGCAAAUUGUGAGGUUGUCAAGCCGCGAGUUGCUGCAGAAAAUCAUAUAGCCAAUUUCAAUGAAGAUGCACGCUCGCCAUAUGUCAAGAAGUACAAGACUAUCUUACAUCCAGGAGAGGUAAACAGAAUCAGAGAACUGCCUCAAAAUAAAAACAUAGUGGCAACACACACUGACUGUCCUGAAGUUCUUAUUUGGGAUGUUGAGGCGCAACCUAAUCGACAGGCUCUACUCGGAUCUGCAGAUUCUCGUCCAGAUCUGGUUUUAUCUGGACACCAAGAAAAUGCAGAAUUCGCUCUUGCAAUGUGCCCAGCUGAACCGUUUGUGCUUUCUGGAGGGAAGGAUAAAUCUGUGGUGUUGUGGAGCAUUCAGGAUCAUGUUUCAACGCUGGCCACAGAAGCAACCCAAUCUGCUGGUUCAAUUAUUAAAGCCGCUGAUAAUUCUACUGUUGGUCCGCGCGGGGUUUUUCAAGGACACGAUGAUACUGUUGAGGAUGUGCAAUUUUGCCCGUCAAGUUCACAGCAAUUCUGUAGCGUUGGAGACGAUUCUUGUUUGAUAUUGUGGGAUGCAAGAACUGGGAGCAGUCCAGUUGUAAAGGUCGAGAAGGCGCACAAUGCUGAUCUUCAUUGUGUGGAUUGGAACUCUCAUGAUGACAAUUUUAUUUUGACUGGAUCUGCGGACCAUACAGUUUGCAUGUUUGAUCGCCGCAAUCUAAACUCUGCUGGAAUUGGAUCGCCCGUUCAUAAAUUUGAAGGUCAUAGUGCUGCUGUUCUCUGUGUCCAGUGGUCACCUGACAAAACAUCUGUCUUUGGGAGCUCUGCGGAGGAUGGUUUGUUGAAUAUCUGGGACUACGAAAAGAUUGGUCAAAUGGAAGAAACGGAGUCCAAGGGUCCAGCCGGGUUGUUUUUCCAACAUGCUGGCCACAGGGAUAAGGUUGUAGACUUCCACUGGAAUGCUUAUGAUCCAUGGACAAUUGUUAGUGUGUCAGAUGAUGGAGACUUAUGGAAUGGCGGUGGUACUUUGCAGCUGUGGCGUAUGACCGAUCUGUUAUACAGGCCAAAGGAUGAAGUUCUGGUUGAGCUUCAAAAAUUCAAAGACCAUGUGAUUGAAUGCUCCAAGACGACUUCUUGACAGAAAAAUCGUGGUUUGAAUGAAAUCUCGUGUCUCUCUUUAUUUAAUGCAGUCAAGCGUAGUGUUGUUUCGUAAGAAUUGUUUUUUCUUUUAAGAUGACGAGGUAGGAUUUUAUUCGACGCUAAUUGUUGAUUGGUUCAGCUAACUAAACUUUUGAUGUCCGAAAAUCUAGAUCCGAUUUGAUUCAGCUACCUAGUACUUACCGAACAUUUUAUGUUGGCGGGGUCUAACAAUUCGUAAAAGCCUUAAUAUUGUUGCAUUCGGCAGGCGUAAAAAUGGAUUUGUUUCGAUUGCGUUAGUCUCGGUUUCGUUUGGUUCAGUUGAAAUGUAGAAAUACGAUUAUACCCCUGGUAUCGGUAGUAGUGUUAGUGGUGAAAAGCAGUUAGAAUCU